AUGGCCUCUCUUGGAAAGAUUGCAAAUUCGUUGGUAUCGGUGGCAAAUGAAAAUACAGUCGCGCUUGUCAAUCUGAACGUUGAUUUUUCCGUUUUCCGUUGUCAUCCAUCUCCGGAAUACCUCGCUGUUGGCUCGGCGUUGACAACCAAAAGAAAACACGAGGCCGAAAACGGUGCUAUUCACGCCACAGCCUGUAAAUUGGGCUUUUUAUUUCACCAGAUUCUUCCAGACACACCAAAGCUUCUACAGGCAUACGAGGGCACCGAGGAUGAUGGCCCAUUCCGUGCCUUUAUAGGUGCUGAUUGCACCUCAAUAUGGGCUGCUGCUACCUCGGGACCGGCAUCAAUCUGUAUUCUCCUGUUGGCAUGCAUGCUCUCCAAUGCUUGGGAUGCGAAAACGGCGACUUCUAUCUGGGCUGAGCUCAUUGAACAAAGAAAGAGAAAUAUUUGGGCUCAAACAGAAAGCAAUAAGAUAGUGCAUCCCCACUCUUUAGCCGCUGCAAAGCAAGAUAUUAGCAGAGCCGAAUUGGCUAAUUGGGACGCAAGCGUUCGCUCAUGGCAGAGACGAGCGAAUACUGCAAUGGGGUUGCAGCAUAUCCAACUCAAAUUAAUCAUGGACAAUAUAAGAAUACCAUAUUCGACCACUGGAUCAACCUUUGAGAAAGUUACAACGGCAUGGAUUCGAUCUAUGGAAGUUGUAGAGAGACUUCUGAACAACCUACCUCAAGAGGUAUCUGAUCGCGCUAUUCUACUAGCAAUACAUUCCUGGCAUAUUUAUCCA